AUGGAGAACAAUAAGAUUACUAUGUUCAGUUCACUUAAUGCUCAUUCUACGAACUACACAAUCAAGGCGAAGAUCAUAUCCAUGUGGAAUAAAAAAAUGAAUGGUUCUGAUAAUCAGAUCUAUCGAGUUGACAUGUUGUUGAUGGAUGAGGAGGGUUCAUUCAUUCAAUGUAGCUGUUUACAUAAACUUUUCAAACGGUUCCUUAAAUUUUUGGUUGUUGAUGACUGUUUAUUGUUUCACAAGCCAUCACUAGCCAAAGAUACAACCAAGAUUAAGGUUACUGGAAAUGAUCAGAAGCUAUCUCUGUACGCAUUCAGUUCUGUUCUGAAAACUGAAAACUGGUCUGGUCCUCGAGAUCAGAAGAUUAGUCUUACAUUAUGGGAAAACUAUGCAGUCACUUUGUCAGAGUACAUGAAUGAUAAAAACCGCCCUGCUCAUGUUGUUAUUCUUGUCCAUUUUGGCACAGUAAACAUUUAUCAAGGUAAAAUUGGCCUUACUAAUAUGUUUGAAGCAAGUCGUGUGUUCAUAAAUUCAGAUCUGGAUGAGAUACAAGAAUUCAAAGACAGGUAUCUUGAGAAGGAGUUUUCUAACUCAUCUUCCAGUAAACAGUCAUGCUCUCAAGAGAAAAAGGUUAUCAUUGUUGGUAUUGUUAUAGCAAUUUCAAAUGAUAAGCCUUGGUAUUAUUUAUCAUGCAAUAAUUGUAAGAAGCAAAUUGAAGAGAAAUCAACAUUGGUUGAAAAAGAUGACGGCAGUUUUGAUGUUUUGGAUGAGAAGACUUUUGAGUGUAUAAACCCUAAUUGUGAUGCUGUUGAUGUUGUUCCUGUUUAUCGUUACAAGAUUCCUCUAAGGGUUCAGGAUUCGUCUGGGACUGUUUCUUGUACGUUGUUUGAUUAUGAAGCUAUUAAGCUUAUUAAAAAAACCUCCAAAGAACUUCUUGAUGUUUACUCAAAGGUUGACAAUUCUACCGAAGGCUCCUUUCAGUCACUUCCAUCUGAGUUUGAUAUCUUGAUCAACAAAAAGUUUGCAUUUCAAAUCAAAAUUUCCAGUUUUAACAUUUCUAACCAGAUAGAAAACUAUGGAAUUUCAAUGUUAACUUUUGAUGAUGACAUACUUUCUGCUCUGGAGAAUAAAUGGAAAAUUAAUGAUUCUGAUAUGUCUGAGUCAAAUGUUCAAUGCUUGUCCGACUCUGUUGGAAAUGUUAAAUGUUUCUCAAAGGAGUCUCAAUCUGUGAUCGGCGACAGUGUUACGCCAGAUAAUUUUGAUGUUAAUGAUCAAGAUCAGUCAAAGUUCGACAACAUUAAACGUAACCUUCAAGAUGUUUAUGAUGUUGAUGCUGUUCAAAGUUCUUCUACUAAACGUCGAAACAGUCCUGGGAAUGAGAAAGUCAACGAUGCUGUCAACUUGGACCUAAUCACCCCAAAGUUAGAGAAAUAA